UAUCUCAGGCGAGCACCUCUGUCGCAUUCGUUUCACCGAAAUGUCUUUGCUAGUUGACAAAAAUGUGCAUUGCUUUGAUUCGUGCCUGCUGAGUUGCUUCAGCAAUUGAACUCGCCAAAAGGCCAACAACAGCGACAACAACAGUGACUGACUUGGUGAAUUUGGUGCGGUGUCUCGUUACCAUGUACUCGAACAUGUUUUGCGGCGGCAGCUUCCGUUCGAAAACAAUCGAAAGAAACGACGAAUACAGAAUCGUGAAGGUGAACGAUAAACAUGUGAAAAUCAUGAGAUCGGCCAGCAUGAGCAGGGCGGACCGUCCGGCCGGUAGGAUUUUUGUGGUGCCGCCAAAAGUGCCCGAAGAUCCGCACAAAAGAAUUUCGCUCCCAUCGACCACGGGCUUGGACCCCGUAAAUACAACCGCACAUUUGAGGCCGCUAAAUUCCGAAAUCACAGCACCAAGAAUCGAUAGCUACAGAUUUUCUAUGGCUAAUCUGGAAGACUCGCAAGAUGUAGACCUGGAUGCGAUUCUUGGAGAACUUUGUGCUUUGGAGUCGGUGGUGGACAGGGAAAUCGGUCAAGCCAGAGACAGUAAAAGGUUGUCGGACGCUCAAAAGAUGUCGCAGCACAUAUCCAGAACACACAGUCGUUCGUCGUCUGAAGCAUCGAGGAUAAAAUUGGAUCCAAACGAGUCCGGGGAUAUAAUGUUGAAGUCGGAUUCGGUUAGAACAGAAUCGCCGGACAAUGAUUCAGCCUUCAGCGACACUGUGUCGAUGUUGUCUAGCGAAUCAUCGGCGAGCAGCGGGGGCAGCAGCUCCAAACCCCAAACGCUUCAUUUACAAAAUAUGCAACAGGAUGAAGCUUCGAGAAUAAAGGCUGAAAAAAUUCGUAUGGCAAUGGAGAAAAUCAAAGAGGCGAACAUUCAGAAACUGUUUUUGAAAGUUUUCACGACCGACGGUUCUGCGAAGUCUCUACUUGUGGACGAAAAAAUGCUGUGCUCUUAUGUAACUAGGUUAUUAGCUGAUAAGAACCAUGUACAAAUGGACCCAAAGUGGGCUAUUGUGGAACAUCUUCCUGAUUUGUAUAUGGAGAGGUUUUAUGAAGACCACGAACUUCUAGUCGAUAAUCUGUUGUUGUGGACGAGGGAUUCAAAAAAUAAAAUAUAUUUUGUAGAAAGACCCGAUAAGAUAAAUUUAUUUUUGCAACCGGAAAAGUAUCUUAUAAGCAUCAAGGACAAGGACACCACAGAACAUGAUGAACAUUCACGAAACAUGCUCUUAGAAGAUUUCUUUUCAACGAACAGCUUUCCAGAAAUAGAAGGACCUCUGUAUUUAAAGGUGGAUUCAAAGAAAAUUUGGAAGAAGUACUAUUUCGUGCUCAGAGCUUCCGGUCUGUACUAUUACCCCAAAGAAAAGAUAAAAUCUGCAAAAGAUUUAGUCUGCUUAGCAACAUUUGACAACAAUCACGUGUACUAUGGCUUAGGUUGGAAAAAGAAAUAUAAAGCCCCAUCAGACUUCUGCUUCGCCAUCAAACAUCCACGCCUCCAAGAACCUAAGUGCACCAAGUACAUAAAGUACCUUUGCGCUGAAGAUCAAGCCACAUUAGACAGAUGGAUCGUAGGCAUGCGACUGGUUAAGUUUGGAAAACAAUUAAUGGAUAACUAUCGGGCCUUGAUUGAAGAAAUGGCGCAGGAUGAUCUCGAACUUUUGGCACACGCACGUAGUUGCUCCGUAAGUUCGAUUGCGGUACAGUCAAACGUUACGACUCCAACAGCAGGAUACCCCAGCAGUGAAGCAGGUUAUGGCACUCAAAGUGAAUCUACAUACUCCGCACCCAGUGAAGUCAGUUCUGGAAGGCACAGUAGAGCAAGUAGUUCCAGUUCAAGUGGUUGCAUGUCUGACGGUGCCCCAUCCAGUUGUGAAAACGCCUUCGAUUCUGAAUUCCCGAUGGGCACCAUCAAACGGAAGCCCUCCAUGAAGCCCAGCUUACCCUUAACUAACAUUACAAGACAACUGAAAGAAGUUGGUGAAACUAGGGAUGAAUGUGAUGGUACAGCAUUGCCUUCCAGUCCUGUAGCUUACACAAAUACUGGAACAUUAACUAGAAGACAGAGCAGAAGGAAGUCGAACAAUUCUGACGACUCGUCCAACACGGGAACUUUGAAAAGGCAGCAUUCAUACAAAACAAGAGGGUCCGUUGAAUCCAUGGGAAGCAGAAGCGGUAAUUCAACACCAUUGUGCAGUACUCCUGUCAGGGAAAGGGCUUCUCCAUUUGGCGAUAGGAACAGUCCGUUCAACGAACGUCCACCUAGUGCAAGUUCACUGCGCAGCCCCGUCACCCCUAACAAUAUGGAUAUGCCUUCAUGCAUGACCGACUCAAUAACAUCUUUACCACCACCACCAGAAACAAACGGAGAAGUUAUCCUGAAUGAUUCUCCCAGUUACCAGCUCCCUCCUCCACCACCAGAAUUGUACAACAGCAAUUUAUCAUUGGACAGCUUACCUCCGCCACCAAAUCCCAAUGAGUUACCGCCAAUGACCGGUUCCGAACUCACAGGAAGUCAAUUGUCACUAAUGUCACUGCCUCCUCCACCCGGUGAAGACACAGGAACGAUAAAACGAAGGAAAGACAGUUGCGCGACACCAACUAACGUCUUGAGCCCUGAGAGAACUCCAAUAGUGGGAAUGUCGCCAGAUCAAACACCGACACAGUCAAGAAUAAAUACACCUUGCGUCAGCCCACCAACGUCUGCUGUUGGCUCAAAUUGUAGCACACCAACUCAAGCGAAUCCACCUGUUAGCUUCAGCCCCACACACCGAGUUAGCUUCGCACAAAAUAAUCAAAUAUACGGUUCGUCAGCUCAAAACCACGACAGAAACAGCAAUGAAACAUUGUAUGCUGCCACUGAAACUCAAGGACCUCCACCCUAUGUGAAUCCACCACAGUACCGUCAAUCAAACACAUUGCCGGGAUCUCAGCAGCUCAACAACAAUAACGGACUGAGGUCCUCACUCAGACAAUCUUCACUGCCCAGGCAAAUAUCCUCAAAUAGCAUAGCAUCAACAAACAGUUCGAGUUCCGGCAACUCAAUAUAUGGCUACACACAGAACUCGCCGCACCUGCAGAGGAAGGUGAACUUCCAAGAACCGUCGAGUCCAAAGAAAACCAACAAAAAGAUAAGCUUUAAUCUGACACCUCUAGAGGGGCCACCAUUACCGAAAAAGCCUUUGCCGCCAAAACGAGCCGAAACGACGAAAUUGUCGAGUCCGAAAAAACUGGCCGAACCGCCGACCGAUUUUCUCAAAGAUCUGCAACGCGUAAUGCGGAAAAAGUGGCAAGUCGCCCAGAAAUGCAAGCUCGAACCGGAAACGACUCCCCACGAAGUCCUCGGAUUCAGGGAUCCGCCGGUGUUGUUACCCGACUACAAGGAACACAACGUGUCAAAUUGGGUAAAGGAGCACUACGGACCCAAUAAUUUAUACGAAAACGUGUACAGGGAUUCGGCUGGGGAGGCCGUGGUGGAAUAUGCGACGAGUCCCGUACAUUCGCGAACCGAAUACAAAAUGAAACGACCACCCCCUCCGCCGCCCAAGAGAAGUGUGACUACAUUUUUAAGUACUCCUAAAACGCAUUGAUGCUGUGUUUCGUAGUUAACAGAAAUCGAGGUACAUCGACCUUACUAUAGGGUUUGUUGUGUAAAAUUCGGGCUGUAAAUAUUGGUUUUAUUUGGAACGUGUAUUUUUUUGUUAAAUUUUUUAUUAUUUUAUUAUUUCCCGAUAAUUGUUUUCUAUUUUAAAUUAAUUUAUUUUUCUUCGAAGUACGUCGAUUUCUCUUAAGUCAUAUACCGAGUAUAAUACUGCCGUUUGUGAUUUAAAUUUAAUAUGUGCCAUUUUGAAUGUGAGGACUAUGAAAAACUUUUGUAUAUACUUAUAGGAAUAAUUCAUAAAGAAACAAAACACUUAUGGUGCUUCUAGAUAUAAAAUUUUAGUAAUAGCCAUAGUAAAAAAUUUGGUUUUAUAAAUUUUAUAUCGAUUUCUACCCAUAUUAGUUAACAUUUUAUAAAAAAGAUAUUACAGGGUUAAAUUAAAGAAGUUAUUUAUUUGUUUUCCAAUUUAAAUUGUUAGACAAGCAGUGUACAAUAAUUUUUACACAAUAUCUGCACUGUAAUGAUGAGUGAAAUUGUAUUAUGCAAUGUUUGUCUUAUGUUAUAGUUUCCUUUCUAUUUGAUACUUAUACCUAUAUAUAGUUUGUAAAUGUUCCAGAAGGGAUCUUUAAAAAAUCCCUUUUAAUUUAAAAUAUUUAGUGUUCUAGCAGCAAGCACCGGUGUAUCUGCCACUAGUUUAUAAAUGAUUAUUUCAACAGUUUUGUGAUAUUACCGCAUUUAAUUAAAUCCGUUUCGUUAAGACUUGUUGAAAUCGCUGCAGAUAUACAAGUGUUUGAUUGCCUUGUACUAUAGUAACAUUAGUAAUAUUCAUUUUAUAUAUCAUAUUAUACAAGAUCUCUACAAUGCCAUUCAUACAAUUUUGUAUGUUUUAUACUAAUAUUUCUAUGAUGUUAUAUAAAGAAAUUGUAGUAAAAUUAGUGUUUUACCUUUAUGUAGACAAGUAUAUUUACAUAAUUUUAAGAAAGUAAAUUAUUUAUACAUCAAAUUUAUAUAGGCGACAGAUUCUCAGUUCGGAUUUGUGUGCAAUUAUUUUUUAAAAAUUAUGACUGCACAAAAUCGGCGUUGUAGACACCAAUCAUUUUUAUUUUCUAUUACUCAAAGGCACCAAAGUCUUUGUAAGAUUUUGUAUUCUUUAUAAGGUGCUUUUCUAAUAAACAUUGUAUACUGUCUACCAUUUAUAUAUACUAACUGUUAAUAUAGUAAGUAUUACAACAAUCAAAUUAUUUAAAAAACA